CCGCGUACCGAGACUUCAAAUUGAAUGACAGAGUCAGAGAACAUAUUUUUAUAAAACGAAAUGCCUCCUACAAUUCAGAGUGGGGAAAGAAAGGAUCGAGAAAGGAAAUCCCGAUCAACAACAGGCCCAGCAAGGUCUGAUAUUGUUUGUCGAGUCAAGUAUGCCAACUCGCUUCCAGACAUCCCGUUCGAUCCCAAGUUCAUCACCUACCCUUUUGAGGCCAAUCGCUUUGUCCAGUACAAUGCCACAUCACUGGAGAGGAACUACAAGCAUGAGCUGUUGGCUGAGCAUGACCUGGGGGUAACCAUCGACCUCAUCAACCCAGACACCUACAGAAUACCUGAGGAACAUGUAGAAUUGGACCCGGCAGAUGAGAAAUUACUUGAGGAGGAGAUUGCGACACCAGGGGAUUCUAAGAGAUCUCGACAACAUUCUAAGACUGUUUCGUGGCUGAGGAAGACAGAGUACAUCUCCAGUGAAUACAACAGAUCACAACACAGCAAAGACAAAAUAGAAACGAAAGUCGGUCAUCAUCUCAAGAAACAAUUCACUGAAGAGAAUCUUUACAAGGACCGCAGCAACCAGAUUAGUGCAAUCCAGAAAACAUUUGAAGAUGCUAAGAAACCAAUCGAAACCCACUACAGCAAGCCUCAUGUCACUCCAGUUGAGAUCUUGCCUGUCUUCCCCGACUUUGAGACCUGGAUCCACCCCUGUGCUCAAGUCAUCUUUGAUUCUGAUCCUGCUUUAAGAGAUAAAUCAUCACACCAACAGCUGGAGGAGAUGUCACAGGCUAUGAUCAGGGGUAUGGUUGAUGAGAGUGAGGAGCAGUUUGUUGGUUACUUCUUGCCAACGGAAGAGACCUGUAGAAAGAGAAAGAGGGACUUUGAGGAAGACAUUGACUACGUGGAAGGAGAAGAAUAUGAAUACAAGCUGACGAGAGAGUACAACUGGAACGUGAAGAACAAAGCAAGCAGAGGCUACGAGGAGAACUACUUCUUUGUCUUCAGGAAAGGCAAGGGUGUGUUCUACAAUGAACUGGAAACAAGGGUGCGGCUCAGUAAGAGGAGGGUCAAAGAUGCUCCGUCAAGUAACUCACUCCUGGUGGUCAAACACAGAGAACUGUUUGACCAAGAGUCGGCUAUGCAGGAUAUGCGCAUGAACCAGCUGGAGAACGUUGUCCAAGAAGAAGAGGAAGAAGAAGAGGAGGAGGUCGAGAUGGAGGUAACGGAAGGAGGAGAAGGAGAAGAGCAGGAGGAAGGAGAAGAAGGAGCAGAAGGAGUAGAAGGAGAAAGUCAAGAGGAGGAAGAGGAUGGAGAAGAAAAGGAAACUGAAACGGAACAACAAGAUUCAGAUGCUGAACAAGUGGAGGAAGCUGGCAGUGGAGAGGAAGAAGAGCAAGAGGCAGAGGAAGAAGGAGAGGAGAUGGUGGAAGUAGAGGAAGAAGAAGAAGGAGAAGAACAAGUGGCCAGCGGGAGCGAACAAGAGGCAGCUAGCGGAGAGGAGGAGGAGGAGGAAGAGCAGGUGGAGAGAGAAGAAGGAGAGGAAGAGGAAGAAGAGGAGGAAGAAGAUGAGGAUAGAGGGAAGAGGGAAGUUCGAGAUGAGGAAGAGAUCUUUGGUGAUAGUGAUAGUGAGGAAGAACAGGCAGGAGAAGAGGAGGAAGAAGAAGAACAGCAGCAAGAGAGCGAGGUAGAGUCACCGGUAGCGUCGCCGGUAGCCAGUGACAGCGAUUAAAACCCCAAAAUCACUCUUUUAAAAACUCUUCAGCCAUGCCAUCCCAGCAAAGAAAAUUUUCUGUUAACGCUCUCACAAAAUUAAUUGCGUACAAUAAUGGUAUCCAUUGACUGUAGUCGCAUUUCUAGUUUUCUGAGAGACAGGCCUAAUUACAUUGGGAAAAAUAUGUCCAAACAAUAAUAUAAUUUGUAAAAUUUGGGUCUCAAAUUCAAGCCUCGUAGUCUAUUCAGAUAAUGCUGCAGAAGUUCUUGUUAUGUUUCUAAUAGCUGUGUAAUAGCAGUGUAAGUGUUUGAAAGUAAACCUUCACAUUUUGCAACUUGCAGAGUAAGUGCCCUGUGAUAUAAUGCCCCAAUCUUCAGCAUUGAACAAUGAUUCAUUGCCAAGAAAGGACAGUCAUUCAUCCAUUUAUUUACCAGCAUGAUCUCUCAUUUUCAUAACAUGUCUAGACAGCCAUUUCAGGGCUGAGAACCAAUUUUUUGUUGUGUCAGUACACAUCAAUGAUCAUGGUAACUGAUGCUGAUUAGACUUCAUAUUAAGGUCAAAGGUCAUUGAGGUCAAUCUAUGUAAAGACUUGCAGCAUUAUGAUACCUAUAAAAAACGGUUUUUGAUUAAAAAAAUCUUUGUACUAAGUUGUUUUAUUGUAGAAAGAUGACAUGUAUGAGACUUAUCUUAUCCCUAAGGUCAUAGGUCACUGGUCAUGUGUCCUUGAAUCUGUUGCCUUUCAAUAUCUAUGGAAGUGAGAAAAUGUAUGACAGUAUUGUACAAAAUUACGUACACUAUGAUGUGAUGAUGAAAUUUUGUUUUAGGUUUGUGAUAAUCAAAGAGAAUUACUCGUCAUGAUUAACAGUAUGUGGUGGGGCAAUUUUACAUCUAAGCAGUUAAAACAGUUAAAACUAGGAUAGUCAAAACAUAUACUCCAAAUGUCCAAUAUGAAAACAGGUAAAUACAGUUAUGUAUGAUACAGGUUUUAAACUGAAUUCUCAGAGGCUGAACGUUUCUAUUGUCAUCAAGAUAGUCAUUGGCAGUGAAGUGUAAGAUGGAUCCCACUAGUGUUUUAUUGGAUUUUCUUUGUUCCUUGUAAUUCCCUGUUCCGAAAGAAGCCCAUCGAGAAUUCAUUUAUCAUACAGUACUGUUAAAGAGUCGAGGGUAUGAUGCUAUAAUAUUAAUAUUGACUGGAUGAACAUGGAAUAGUCUUUUCUUUAGCUCGACAAUUUUAAAACAAAUUGCUAUUUCAGUCUUAAAGUGUUAGUCUUGUUUGGAUACAUUUGUAAGCUUUUUAUUUUUGACCUAAAUGCAACUUAUUAAAAAAAAGAAAAAAAAGAGUGUCUAUAACUCAGGCCACAAGCAUGAGUAGUACCCACUUGUAUUAGGGUGAGGACCUUAUUUUCUAUAAUUUUUCCAUCGCUGAACUAUCCACAUUGGUCAUAGGUUACACUAUAGACCCUCCUACUGAAAACUUAACUGUUCCUUGUAAAAUCAUUUUAAGUUACGUUUUAGUAAAAGGUGUAUAAAACAUGUAUUACAAAUUUUGUUGCUGUUGGGACCACAUUGUGCCCCCUGGGAUGAAAUCAAGCUGUGGGGAAGAGAAUAUUGUCAGCUGUUGGUUUAUAAUGUUUGUAAAUAUUGUAAAUAUGCAAUUAAAAUCAUGUUACAUUUGUAAAUUAUA